AUGAGUUUCUUCCCAAUUGUUGCUAUCCGUUCUUCGUUAUUCUACAUUUAUAGCCCCCCCUUUUUUGCCUUUUAUUGCCCUUCUGACUGUCCUCUUUCUUUUCUUCUCUCUUUCUUUUGUUCUUUCUUUCUUUCUAUUUAUGAUUGUCUACGUUUUCAUCUUUCUGUUUGUAUUCCCUGUCACCCUUUGUCUCUAUCCUCUAUCGCCAUACGCUCCCCUUUCUUCUUUCUUCUUGUUCUUUUUCUUUUUCUUUUUUCUUCUUCUUCUUCUUCUUCUUCUUCUUCUUCUUCGCCAUUUCUUUCUUUCUUUCUUUUUUACUUUCUUUCUUUUGCUAUCUCUCCCCAAUUGUUGCUAUCUGUGCUCCGUCAUUCUACAUUUAUGACUUCUUUUUCGCCUUUUAUCGCCCUUCUGACUGUCCCCAUUCUUUGUUGCUUUCUUUUCUUCGUUCUUUCUUUCUAUUUAUGUCUACGUCUUUAUCAUUCUGUUUGUAUUCCCUGUCACUCUUUGUCUCUAACAUCUAUCGUCAUACUCUCCCCUUUCUUUCUUUCUUUCUUUCUUUCUUUCUUUCUUUCUUUCUUUCUUUCCUUUUCUUCUGCUUCUUCGUCAAUUCUUUCUUUCAUUGAUUUUUGUUUUUUCUUUCUUUUGCUUCCUCACCGUUCUUCUUCUUCUUCUUCCUCUUCUUCUUCUUCUUCUUUUUCUUCUUCUUCUUCUUCUUCUUCCUCCUCCUCCUCCCCUUUUAUCUUCUUCUAUCUAACUUUUUCCCGUCCUUUCUAA